GCCCUCCCCGCCCCCACCUGCUGCACCUUGGUGCGAGGCGGGGCCAACUCGGCGGGGUGGGGCAGGCGGAGCUGUCCUACCUUCCUACACCCAGACUGCAACCCGGAACUAACCUCGGCUCCCUUGGGAAGGCCGCGUUGCAUGGCCAGGAGCCGCAGUCUGGGCAGCGAGUGCGGGACACCGAGGUCAGGUCUCGGAAAGGGAAGACCUCUUCGUCCCCAGGGGCCCCAGGCCAGGUGCGCCCUUGGCCGUAGGUGCAUCGUCUCCGGAAAGUGCAGGCGCCCACGUCCCGGCUGGACCAUGGCGCCUCCGCGGAACGUGGUGAAGAUUGCCAUCCAGAUGCGUGACGCCAUCCCGCAGCUCAUCCAGCUGGACCAGGCGAAGCCCCUGGCCGCUGUGCUGAAGGAGGUGUGCGACGCGUGGAGCCUGACGCACUCUGAGCGCUACGCCCUGCAGUUUGCGGAUGGGCACAGGAGAUACAUCACCGAGAAUAACCGCGCGGAGAUCAAGAAUGGCAGCAUCCUGUGCCUCAGCACGGCCCCAGACCUUGAGGCUGAGCAGCUCUUGGGUGGGCUGCAGAGUGACAGUCGUGAAGGGCGCCGGGACGCCCUGAGGCGCCUCGUUCCGCUGGCCUCGGACAUGACCUUUGCCAGGGAGGUCAUCAGCCGUAAUGGGCUCCAGAGACUAGGCACCAUCAUUGAGGAUGGGGACGACCUAGGAGAGGUGCUGGCCCUCAGCCUGAGGGCCUUCUCGGAGCUCAUGGAGCACGGCGUGGUGUCCUGGGAGACACUGAACAUCCCCUUUGUGAGGAAGGUGGUGUGCUACGUGAACAUGAACCUCAUGGAUGCCUCCGUGCCACCCCUGGCCCUUGGGCUGCUGGAGAGUGUGACCUUGAGCAGCCCAGCCCUGGGCCAGCUGGUCAAGAGCGAGGUGCCCCUGGAUAGGCUGCUGGUGCACCUACAGGUGAUGAACCAGCAGCUGCAAACCAAGGCCAUGGCCCUGCUGACAGCCUUGCUGCAGGGGGCCAGCCCUAUGGAACGCAAGCACAUGCUUGACUAUCUUUGGCAGAGGAACCUUCGCCAGUUCAUCUAUAAGGUAGGAAGUGGUGGGCCAGGGGGACCUCUCCGGCCCUCCCUCCCCGUGAGCCCUCGCUCACACCAGGGACUGGCUGUCCUGCAGAACAUCAUCCACAGUGCAGCACCAAUGGGCGACGAGAUGGCUCACCACCUGUACGUACUGCAGGCCCUCACGCUGGGGCUGCUGGAGCCGCGCAUGCGGAUGCCCCUGGACCCCUACAGCCAGGAGCAGCGGGAGCAGCUGCAGGUCCUGCGCCAGGCCGCCUUCGAGGUGGAGGGGGAGUCCUCGGGUGCCGGGCUGAGUGCUGACCGUCGCCGUUCCCUCUGUGCCCGAGAGUUCCGCAAACUGGGCUUCUCUAACAACAACCCAGCACAGGACCUGGAGCGCGUGCCCCCCGGUCUGCUGGCCCUGGACAACAUGUUGUACUUCUCCAGAAACGCGCCCAGCGCGUAUAGCCGGUUUGUGUUGGAGAACAGCAGCCGCGAGGACAAGCACGAGUGCCCCUUUGCCCGGGGCAGCAUCCAGCUAACGGUGCUGCUGUGUGAGCUGCUCCGCGUUGGGGAGCCCUGCUCUGAGACAGCCCAGGACUUCUCGCCCAUGUUCUUUGGCCAAGACCAGAGCUUCCAUGAGCUCUUCUGUGUGGGCAUCCAGCUGUUGAAUAAGACCUGGAAGGAGAUGCGGGCUACACAGGAGGACUUCGACAAGGUCAUGCAGGUGGUGCGGGAGCAGCUGGCCCGCACUCUGGCCCUGAAGCCCACCUCCCUGGAGCUCUUCCGAACAAAGGUGAAUGCACUCACUUAUGGGGAGGUGCUGCGGCUGCGGCAGACUGAACGGCUGCACCAGGAGGGCACACUGGCUCCCCCUAUACUGGAGCUGCGGGAGAAGCUGAAGCCAGAGCUCAUGGGCCUGAUCCGCCAGCAGCGCUUGCUCCGCCUCUGUGAGGGGACGCUCUUCCGCAAGAUCAGCAGCCGGCGGCGCCAGGAUAAGCUGUGGUUCUGCUGCCUGUCCCCCAACCACAAGCUGCUGCAGUACGGAGACAUGGAGGAGGGCGCCAGCCCACCUACCCUGGAGAGUCUGCCCGAGCAACGUAAGGCGGGCAGGGGCGGGGGCCAGACCCCAGACCGCCCUGGGCCCCGGUGCUGCCAGGGCUGCAGUGCUCAGCCCAGCCUUCUUCCUGCAGUCCCUGUGGCCGACAUGAGGGCACUCCUGACAGGCAAGGACUGCCCCCAUGUCCGGGAGAAGGGCUCCGGGAAGCAGAACAAGGACCUCUAUGAGUUGGCCUUUUCCAUCAGCUAUGACCGUGGGGAGGAGGAAGCAUACCUCAACUUCAUUGCCCCCUCCAAGCGGGAGUUCUACCUGUGGACAGACGGGCUCAGUGCCUUGCUGGGCAGUCCCAUGGGCAGCGAGCAGACACGGCUGGACCUGGAGCAGCUGCUGACCAUGGAGACCAAGCUGCGUCUGCUGGAGCUGGAGAAUGUGCCCAUCCCCGCGCGGCCACCCCCUGUGCCCCCACCCCCCACCAACUUCAACUUCUGCUAUGACUGCAGCAUCGCUGAACCUUGAUAGUGUGGCUGGCCACGGGCCACAGCUGUGGCCACUGCAGCAGCCAUGAAGGGCAGUGGGUAGAGGAGUGCAGACACCCUGACCAGCAGAGAUUGCUGCAGAAAUAAAGUCUGCUUGGCUCUUGGGA